AAAUGAAAUCUGAACUUAUUGAUAAAAAUAAUUGUACUGGACUGAAGAGUAAAGCUACUGGACUUGAGAACUUGGGGGUAUGCCCGGGCACACUUAGUAACAGUGCUAAACCAAGGUCAAAGAGAUUCAAGCUCGACUUAAAGAUUAUGAAAAAGUGGAAAAGCGGAGAUAUUCAGAAGAAAUUUAAACUUGAAGAUCACUAUGAUGCUAUUAAAACAUUAGGAUCAGGCACUUAUGCAACAGUUAGCCUUGCCACUUGUUUGAAUGAUAAUAAACAAGUUGCUGUUAAGAUAUCAAGAGGUGCAAACUCUUGUGAAAAAUUAGCCAGUGAGUACAAAAUCCUUUCUGAACUUGACCAUGAGUGUAUCAUCAAACCACUCAAGUUCAUCAGAAGCGAGAUGAUGCAAGAAGCCUAUCUUGUCCUGGAGUAUUUUGAAGGCACCGAUCUUAAAGAAUUCGUUCAAAAAAAUGGUCCACUUUCAGUUGGAGACGCUCUUAAAGUAUUGAAGCAAUUGGCUUCGUGAGUUGCCUAUUUACACAGUAAAGGUGUCGCCCACAGAGACAUUAAGCCAGAAAAUAUUUUAAUCGAUGCGGAUCUAAACAUCAAGCUGAUCGAUUUUAAUAUCUCCAAAAAGAUGAAGUCUGGCCGCACCAAAGAUGGGUGAAAAUUCAGCACAAUAUUCUACACCCAAAUAUCAUCACCUCUGUAUGCCGCUCCAGAAAUCAAAGAAAAUCUGCUGUAUACAGAGAGCGUCGAUAUCUGGGGUAUCGGCAUCAUUAUGUUCACUUGCAUUUACGGAUACCCAAAAUCUAAAAAGGAUUUCGGCAAGAAUUUCAGCAAGAUUUUGAUGAAAGAAAAAAUUAGUUCAGAUAUAUUCGUCAACAAGAAAGUCAGAGACUUUCUUGUUAAUUUAUUGUGCGAUGAUCCCCAGCGUAGACUCACAGCCGAUGAAAUCAUGGCUGACGAAUAUAUUAUGUCCCUUGUAUUUUAA